AAGGAGAAAAACAAAACAAACCCGAGAGAGCUGUUAAACCGUGUGGACUCCAUUGGAAAGGGACAUAUUUUAAAAGUUAUCGGCUUAACUCAAACACUGAUGUCUAGUAACGAACGAGGCCUAUGCAUGGGAGUCUUAAAAAUCUGAAGCAUACAGAGAAAUACGCCAGAGCACGACAGACAAGACGCUGUCUCCCCUUUCUUCCCAGCCUUGCAGGCUGUGUUCCCCCUGGACUCUGAUCAUCUCCCCUCAGCAGUGUUUUAUUGUGCUGACCAACUCAGACCAGUGGGACUGGACAGGAGACCCAGAGGUUCCUGCCACUGGAGCUCUAAGCUGUGCCUGGCAAUGCCUCAGCCCAGCGUCAGUGGGAUGGAGCCUCCCUUUGGGGAUGCCUUUCAGAACUACUCAUUUGCUGACCAGGCCCUAACCAGCACCGAGCUGCUGGCCACCAGCUCUGACCCAGAUUUCAUGUAUGAGCUGGAUGCAGACAUGAGCCACCAGCAGAGUCCCUGCGGGGACAGCGUCGUGGGGGUCGGAGACGGAGGCAAAGAGGUGGAGGGAGGCGUGGAUCAGCUGAUGGGCCUGGGUGAGUGUGAGACGGUCCACAGCACCUCAGCUUUCGAACAGUGGGACUCGUACUGGGAAGACCUCACCAGAUACACACGGCUGGCCAGCUGUGACAUCUGGGGAACCAAAGAAGUGGACUUUCUUGGACUGGAUGACUUCUCCAGUCCCUAUCAGGAUGAGGAGGUGAUCAGUCGGACCCCGACGCUCGCUCAGCUCAACAGCGAGGACUCGCUGCCCGUCUGUGAGGCUCUCUACCCUCCUGUCGACCUGACGCUUCCUUGUCCCCAGCCUCCAUCCCAGCCACUCCCCUCUCAAAACAAGAGACUCCAGGGUCUGGGCGUCAGCUCCGUGCGGCCUUCUCCGUGCUCUGCAUCCUCUUCCCAAUCCCGGCCUUCCAGAAGCCUUUUCGCAGACUUUCCUGAAAGCUCCCAAAAAGCUACCAGACCUGUUGCUUCCAGCACUGAGACCAUGGCUAAAACCCAGAACCAGCUCGGUUUCGCCCAGGACCAUGUCCAGACUCAACCCAAGCCUCGUCGAGGGGCUAAGAUGGCCGCUCCGACGUCUCACAGCACCGACUUUGUUCGGAAAGCUAAAGUUCGCGUCAGUUCUGGACCCAGACCUCAAGGAGAGGUGAUGCCCUCGACGGAUUUUGAGAGGUCAGAACCGCAGCUGCCUCUCUCCCAGCCUCAAGACGAGAAGCCCUCCACUUCAGCGAGUGCCAUCUCAGUGGGCCAUGCCACGCCGCAGCCCAGCGGCUCGGCGAGCCUGGAGGGCUUUGAGCUGAAGGUGGAGGGGGCGACGCGGCGUGAGGGGCCUGUCGGCAGGUCCGCUGCUGUUCCCCAGCUGGUAGAGGCGAAGCAGACCGUGUGCAGCACGUCCGACGCUGUGGCGGGAGCGUGCGGCGCAAGCGGCGAGGUUUUGGUUGAAGAUCUGGAGCAGAGCAAGGAGGAAGAACACAACUACUCCCUGUUCCUGACCCGCAGCCGAGCUCUGUCGCAGCUGGAGGAAGACGAGGAGGAGGAAGACGACGAGGAGCCAGAGGAGGACGAGGGCGAUGGGCUGGACUUGGAUGACGAAGAUCAUGAUGAAGGUUUCGGCAGUGAGCAUGAGCUCUCUGAGAAUGAGGAGGAAGAGGAAGAGGAGGAGGAUGACGACUACGAAGCAGACAAGGAUGACGACAUGAGCGACGCCUUCUCUGAGCCAGGUUGUGACAUGGAGCUGAUGGACGACAUUAAAGGCCUGACAGCCGGAGUCUCCAGCCGGAAAAGAGGGAAGCGCCGCUACUUCUGGGAGUACAGCGAGCAGCUCACCCCCUCCAAGCAGGAGCGGAUGCUGAAGCCUUCUGAGUGGGACAGACACACGCUGCCAAGCAACAUGUACCAGAAGAACGGGCCUCUCCAUGGGAAAUACAUGCUAAAGAAAUCGCGGCGCACAGACGUGGAAGACCUGACUCCCAAUCCUCGCAAGCUGCUGCAGAUCGGCACAGAGCUCCGCAAGCUGAACAAGGUGAUCAGCGACCUCACUCCCGUCAGCGAGCUGCCGCUGACCGCCCGGCCGCGCUCUCGCAAGGAGAAGAACAAGCUGGCAUCCAGGGCUUGCCGUUUAAAAAAGAAAGCUCAAUAUGAAGCAAACAAAGUGAAGCUUUGGGGACUCAGUACAGAAUAUGAUCGGCUACUGUUUGUGAUCAACGCCAUCAAGGAGGAGAUAAUGCUGCGAGUGGAAGACUCGUCUCCACGCCCAACCAACAUGACCGAGACUCUGGAGCGGCUCAUCGAGGAAACGCUUGUGCCAUCUCCGGUUGCUGGGCAGACGUCAGACUUUGUCAACAAGAUUUUGGAGAACACGGGACGCGGUGACCCAACGGGAGGACUGGUCGGCCUGCGAGUCCCCACCUCCAAAAUGUAGACAAACCCUCCGUCCACCGAGAAGAGUGGACUCCAUAUUACCACCGUGCUGUCCAUUGUAGCUAUUCUCCCCUCUGCAUGCCCCUCCAGCUCAGAGUAAACACUCAUCGCCAGUCACUCAAACACACACACCACCUCCCCGUACGUGUGCUUGUCUUUGCCGUGCAGCUGUAAGGCACGAACCCUGGCUUUUCUGUCUCUGCACGCCAUGCGCAGUGUCAGUACAUCGCUGUCUCCCCAACCAUGGUGGCCGGCUGUUGGGAGAAGCACGCUGAAAAGCAAGUGAUGGUUUGGUGUGUCUGGAGCAGCACGUUCUUAAAUCCACUGGUGAUUGUUAGAUGAGCGUAAUGUCGCCUGCUGGAGGCUUUAGGGACUGAGACUGGAGCUCAAAUGAGCAUCACAUUGUUUGAGGUGGUAAUAAAGACAGAGGAAAUUUGUUACAUGCCAGAAACAAUCACAGAUUGAUGAAGCAUAAGUUAUCAUUUAUACAAGGAGCUUUAUCCCAAAAAGCAUAAAAAAGAGAAAAUAAACAACAAAAAAAAGAAGUUCCAGGAUGUUAAAUUGACCCUUUCACUGAAGCACUUUUACAAAAAUGGCUCUGGUAGCCCAAAAAGCUGCAGAGGAGAUAAAAGCAAGGUGGCAGGAAAUAUUUAGUACUGAAGGCCUAAAUAAAUUCACGCCAUCUCCUGUUUGCCAAUCAACUCAACUGCUUGCAAAAACAGGUUUAGCAUAUUAGCGCAAGAUAUGAAACAGAAAAAGAAAAUGCAGUAGAAGAUUCAAGCGAUCACACAUCCUGCUGGUUCGACGUGUAACCUUAAUCAACAGGAAGUGGCUCACAACCUGAAUUGGAAAUGCAUGUAGCAUGGUGCUUUUUUGGGGCUUUAUGGUGGUUAUAACUGGACUGGGAAACGACGAUGAGGAUUGUGAUAAAGAUGACAUAAACAGCAAUCCAUCUCCUCCAGGAAACUGUAUAUAGAAGUGUCUCCCAGGCAUCAGCUCCUCCCUUUUUUGUACAGUAAAGUUGACCAGGCAGCGUGGUGGUGACAGUUUGAUGUGUUCAUACUAGUGUUUGAUCAGAGUUCUAUUCAUUGUGCCUUGUAUAUGUAUGUGUGUGUCUCUUUAAGUCUGAAUGAGUGUGUGUUAGAGAUGGACUCCAGCUCCAGCUUUGGAGAGAAGGUUGUUAGGGAACGAGAGGAUGGACACAAGUUGUUUAAAGAUAUUCUGAAUGUACAUAAACAAAUGGAAGCUCUUGUUGCGUGAUGCCACAGAGUCUGUAUAUAGGAGGGCUCUGCAAUAGAUUCCUUUCGGUUUUUGGUACUCUUGUCUUUAGGGGCCUGGGAUGGGCGGGAUGGGGCGGGUUAACAGAUAUUUUUCCUUUAGGGUUACAACAAAUAUUUGCACACUAUAUUUUGAUUGUUUUUUGUACCAAAGACACAUGCAACGAAAAUGGCGACCAGCCAGUUAAAGUAAGGUUUUGCACAGCUUACCUGACGCCGUAUUGAAUGUAAGAAAUGUGGGAGGGUCAGGGAACUUCAUAGAACUGUGAAAUUAGUUUGGGUCCAAUUCUGUACAGAAAAGGAACAUUCAUUUGUGUCCCUUGCAAUGUGGGCUUUUUCCUGUAGAUUUCUUUUGUUGCUUAGAAAGCACUUCAUUCCUGAACUGAUUCCUCCCUGCACAUGCUAAGUGUGUUAAUGGCGCUAGUUAGAAAACAAAAACAAACACAAAAAAAAAAAAAAACAAGCGCUCACCUAGUAGAUAAGCUAAGUUACAUUUUUUUUUUUUUUUGCUUGUCAAGAUGUUCCCUGAAAUAACCAAAAUAUUCCUGUGUCACUUGUUUGAUUUCUGUAUGUAGUCAAGGUCUAGUUCACAAGCAGAAUAUUAUCUGAGUUGUGUUUUAAAGUACUGUAUAUAGAAGCGUUAAUGCUACAUCUAUGAGUUAUGAAAUGCCACUUUUCAUGACAAUGAUUUGUUUUCAAGCAUGUCAGAUUUCUGCAUUUAAAAAGCUAGAGAAAAAAAACAAACAAAAAACAAUAUAUUUUUGUAUUUAAGCUUCUUGCUUUUUGGUUUUUAGGUAUUCAUAGGUCUGAGAAUUAGUUAUAGAGAAAAAGAAGACACGGGCUGAUCGGAUAAUCUUCUUUACUGACGGUGUAAAAGACAACGAGGGCUGGAUAAUCUCAGACACGAUGUGGCAUAAAUAUUAGCAGUUAGCAUUACUGUCAUUAGAACGGUCUGCAGGAAGAUGGAGGACAGACUGUAUUUGUGUUGUGGCUCAAAAUUAUGCUUCACACUGACCUGGAAUCAGCAGCUUUUACAUUUCAGUAGAGACGCACCAAUAAAAGAUUUGUGACUAAUUUUCACUCAACCCUCUACCUCCUGAUAUGGAUUUCUAAUUGAGAUCUCGAUUUAACAACAUUCAAAACAUUGCGUGGCUUUAUAAGAGUAAUGAUCUGACACUGUGAGAAAGAAGACACUUUUUUAGAACAAAGACUAAAUAAUGAGAUUGACAUUUUCCACUCGAAUAUUAGCAGUUAGCAUUACUAAAUUUGAGCAGCAGUCUUUGUGUCUUUCCACUAUAAUAUCUGGAUCUUUAGCUUAUCUCUGAUAUAUUCCAAAUAUUUCCAAAUCCAACAUGUUUCAUGAUAGAGAAGUUGGAAACUCACAAACAGAGAGUGAAAUUUUGCAGUACUCCAGAGAGCCUUCCUGGUAUCUACUAAAAUGUGCUAUAUGCUAAUUUGCCACUUCAAUGAGACACAAAACUCCCCAAAGACACAAAACUCAGUAAGAACGUCCCCACUGAUGGGUGUUGUGCUUAGCAGAACGUUGUUCUGAGUUAUGGUGCAUUCACUGACAGGAAAAAAAAAAGUGUUUUCCGCAGGCUUAGCUCAGUCAGAUUAAAAGUUGGGUAAUUUUGGUUUCUUUGUGGUUCUAAGUUUUAGUUUCAGAAUCAAUCAUUAAAUUACGAGACGUUUGCAUUCCUGGGAUUGUUUCGAGCUGUUUGCUUCGCUUUGCCUUCAGUCUUCUAGCCUUACUGCAUCAAAAUUAGCUACUUACCGAUACAUAUUACACUGCUUAUGCCAUAUCAUUAAUGUCCAUUGUGCAAAUAUUUCAAAAUUUUAUUUCCACCUGUUUCACCUAAAAACUAAAUCUCCUCAAAUGAACCAUAAUCAGACUUUUGGACUCAAAUGAAUUCAUGCAUGAGUUUUUUUGAUCCCAGGGCAGUGUGAAGACCAAACGUUAUUUCCAGAGCGUUUUCUAAUGACUGUGAGUGUUCCUCUGUGUGUAUUUCAUGAUUGGAUAAAAGAUAAUUUUCUUUUCUGUCUAAAAAGGGAGAAAUGGUGCUUCUUUUUCCGAAACUAGAAUGAUAAGUUUCCAAUAUUCACGUUUGACUUCUUUGACUAGUUGUAGCCUAAUGACUUGCUCUCCCCUUUCCGUCCAUAAUUAUUUUCUUAGAGGUUAUAUAUUUUGUAAAUAAGCUAUGAGUUAAUAUGUAUCUUCUAAAUGUUAGUUAUAUGUGUAGAUUAUGUUAUAUGUUUAAAAAGACAACAGCACUUUGUCCAAAAAAAAUGAAAAAACAAACAAAAAAAUGUUUUUUUCUUCCAUUUGCUGCUAAACGGCCUCGUGUGAAUGCUGCAAGUGUACUUGAUGACUACUUGCUCGGAUAAGUUUAUUACCUGACACGGCUAGGUCUAUGAACUAGCAAGUAAUAUAUCCGUGUGGCCUGACAGGGGUUAGAUCUACAAAUUUUCUUGAGCCAUGAAAUGAUAUAAGAUGUUCAGAGAGAGAAUGAGAGUAUCAUUGCUUGGCGUUCAGGAAGUGUAGUGUCUUGACAGAAUCGGUCUAUUUCCUGGUCAGGGUGUUAUGAUAUGUUUGUGGUCCUAAACAAAACAAAACGAAAAAAAAAAGAGAGUUUUGAUUCCAGGGCCCCUAUGUUUGAUUCUGAUGCUGACCCCCUUGGCGUCAUGAUUCAUUUGCCUUCAGUAGAGGUUUCCUAUGGAAAAACUGAUUCUGCUUUGGCUUCCUCUUCAGGGCGAUGUACAGUGUAGACACAUUUCUUCAGAGAGCUAUAUUGUUAUCAUUUGUAAACUGAUUUCUACUUGUGACUUAAGGAGGAGGGGGUUUAGCCUUGGGCGGCCGGGAAGAGCUCGCUCCAAAGCUGUUUUUCCGGGCCGCCUAAGGGGAUAUUACUAUAUCACUGUACUGUAUGGCAAGCCAAUUACAAGUGGAGACUCAAUCCGGACACUUAUUGCCUUCUCAAAUAACUUCUCACAAAUAAAAAUAACAACAUGGCAGACAUGUUUGUAGCUUAAGGAACUUGCCUGGGGUUUAUAACAUUGUUCUGCCAUUCUGGUAAACAACAACAACAAAACCAUUCAGCCUGAUUGGCUCAAAACAACCUUGACUGAAGUAGCAGACGUGGCGAUCCAUAACUGAAAAUUGACUUCAGAAGUCUGGAUUUUUUGACUCGCGUGUCUUUUGUGACAAUAUUCAAAGCCUUUUUUCAGCUAUGAUCUGAUGCCAGGUCUGUCAGGGGGUCAACAGUGGUUGAAAGGGCCGCUGGUUGACGGCCGGCUGACGUUGGAGGCGCGCAUGUUUUGCUGUCGAUCACGAGGCUGUACUUUUAAGAGAGUCCUCACAAGUUUUUACAUUUAACAUGAUAGGCGCAAGCUGUGCAACUUUACAUUUGAACCAAGAGACUCUGUGGCAUUUUAACAGUCAAGGAAAUGAGUGAGAAUCCACGCCAGUAAAACUAUUCCUUAUUCUUUUUAGUUCUAAAAAAAAAACCUAUACAGUAACUAUUAAGCUAAUAGAGUGUGUAACUUUGUGCUACUCUUGUUCAAUAAAAGCUACGUGGAUACCAUAAAGCUCUUCUUCAGCAAAUCAGGGUAAUACUGUUCUUCUAUCUGACAUGUGAUGACGUAUUAAAUCGAAAGAAAAAUAUAUUUAUGUAUUCCAGUUAUUGUCGCCAUUCUUUACUCUGUACAAAAAAUAUAUUGUCUGCCUGUGUGUUCUGAAUUAUCAAUGUCAAUCACUAUGGUGCAAAGCUCUGUACACAAAGUCAAAACAAAGGCCAACAGACUGACACAGAAAUUUAAAACAAACAAACAAAAAAAAGAAUCUGCAGCAUGUUCCCUUCAUGAAGGAUUUGACUCUGAUGUCCAGCUGUGAUCCAACUGGGGUUUGUCACAUGGUGCUGAUAAUGUUUGGUCAUCCAAGAAGUGCUGCCCUCCCCCCUCCAAUUGUUUCCAUUAGUUUUAAGUUCCUGUGAAUGGUGGGAUUUUGCUGUUGGACCAGUAAGAAGAAGAUUCACAUGGGUUCUGUCUCUGAACAGCAGGAGUUGGGAGUUUCUGUUAUUGACUUGUGUUAUAAAUGUUGCACAGCAUAGCAUGACUUCUUUUGUAAAAGCCAGUUUCUUGGGCUUGACAAAACUUGCCAUAAUAAAAUUUAAAAUAUUUCAGUGAUAUCAUUUUCAGAUCAUAUAAUACAAUUUUGGAGAAGUUUCCAUCUGUUUCACAGUAUAAACUGAUUGAUUGAAGGAUUAAAUUUCAUACAAAUCCUUUGAGGGCACGGUUUUAGCAAUAUGCUAAUUUAUGUCAAUAAUUUGGACUUGAUAGUUAUAGUAAAUAUAAUACAAUUGAAUUUUUCCACAAGCAAGAUAAACACAUGGAUUGGAGGACUUGAGAUGACUUCAUAAAAUACGUAAUUUGAUAUCCUGUUUGUAUGAAUCUAUUAUCAAAGUUUUUUAAUUCAUUACUCCUGAUGCCAGGUGCUUAAAGGAUCGCAUAAGUUGGAAAAAUGGGGAUAAAAUACAAAGUCUUACCACCAAAUUAUCUAAACAAAACAGACAGACAAAAAACAACCUAAAAUUAAAACUUUGGAUUCAUUGAAACUUUGUAUUUUAAAACAAUUUAAAGAUUAUAUCUUGCACAACCUGGCAACAUGCUAGCUUGUUAGCACCGAGUUUUGAAUCGUACUAGGUUAAACUAUGGCAACAAAUGUCAUCUAAUGAUUUUUUUUUUAUUUCUUAAUAAAAUCUUAAUUUAGUCUUUAAAGUAGUGACUUUAAAUACCCUAAAUUUUUGAUUUGUAGUAAUUAUUUUGUAAUGGGAAGAUUUGAAUUUAAUAACUUGCAAAGCUAUGCAAACCUUGCGCAACCUCAAAAUUCAGAAGCUUCACAUGUACCUGUAUUAAAGUGAAUUAAAGUUUAUUUUAUAUACUUGUGAAUUACAUAAUCUAUUUCAUGAGACAUUUACGACAAUAGCUAACAACAAUUAGGUUUUGUAGUUCUGAAAUUGGCGUAAAGGAAAUAAAAAAUGGUGGUUAAUGAAAGUUGUUUAGAAAACACCUGAAAACCACUUCACUUGCUAUAUUUUUGAUUUCUUUGCUUCUUGCUAUUGUUAUAUAAUUACUGCACUUAAGAUACUCUCAAAAUUAGAAAUAUUAUAUUAGAUUAUAUUUAGCUCUUUUAAAGCUACAGAAAGUUUCUUUAAUCUAUUUUGCUUGUGUUAAUUAAUUAAAUAUAUUACACCAUUAGCAUUUUUUUCAGCCAACAACUUACUACCUUAUUAACUCUGAUGAUAUCUUCAAGCUUAUAGGAAGGUAAAAAUGAGAGAUAAUGUCUGAAAAACUGAAAUAAAUGAUUCAUUUAGUAAAAUUGUUUGUUUACAACUUUCUUCAGUGACAAAAAGUAUUUAUAUUAUUUUAAUUGUGAAAAUAAGAACAUAAAGUUGAGUGUAACAUUUGAUGAACUGCCAAGUCACAAAAAUCUUUCCAAAAUCCUCAGUUCUCUCAUGCAGUGAUAUACAUAUUUAUUUAAAAAACUUUCUAAGCACGCUUUUACUAGCAUUUGUAUUUUAUUCCAACACAUAAAGCAAUUAGCGUUUUUUAUUUUAGCGAGAAGGAACUUACUCUACUGAUCCCAACUCUUACUGUCCUUAUGUUUUAAGUCUGAAGGAAGGCAGCAAUGAACUUUUAAAUAAAAUAACGCCUGAAAAGCUGUUUGCAAAAGCAGUUUCAAUUGAUAGUCAGUUUUGUUUACAGCUUGUUUUCUCUUUUUAUUCCUUAACUUGCUAUUGUUAAAGUGAAAUAAGUGGGGGUUUUCUUGGAAACUUCUUAGUGUAGCAUUUACAAAGUAAGUAUUCUUCAAAAUGUUUAAAUAAUGGGUUAUUUUGACUCCCAUCUACUGGCUGUAUUGUCAUGACCCAAAAGUCUGGCUUCCAGGUUUGUUUGUAUCAUUUCAAAUAUAUUCUGUUUUGUUUGAACCUACAACCCUAUUUUUGUAAAUCGCCUCACAUUUUGAAUUUUGAGGUUGUGUCACUUUUGUUCUCUUCUGUUCUUCCCCAGAUGAGAAGCAGCAAGGCUUGUGUGUUUGCAGGGUAACUUCUUGCAUUAAGCUGAGAGAAUUUGGUGCAUUUGGACAUAAGAAAUUGAUUUCAUUGUCACGAAGUUGUUGCAUGGCUUUUUGGGGCUCUCUGUACUCUCAGUGAUUUGAUUUUGUACUUGCUGCUAUUGAAUGAGCACAAAGAGGCUUGAGGAUGUUUAUGACAGAUUUCCAGUAUAUUUAUCCUACAUACUCCUCCUUGUUUUCUUGUUUUGUUCUUAUAUAUUUUUCCUGUGAUAGUCAAAAGACCAAAAGCAUUACUCACCUUGCCCUUGGUUUUUACACUUACAGAGAAAAGACAAUAUUUUGAAUUAUGAUGCCUGCUGAACCAGGUGCCUUAAUCAAAUAUACAAAAACGCAAAUCUGCACCUUUUGUCAGUCUGGAGGGGAUUUCCCCACAGAAACAAUGGACUGGGUUUUCCAAAACUUAAACUUGAAAUACAAAAAUAAACUGAAAACCUUGCUCUAUCUAACAUCCACACAUUUUACAGUGUAAUCAACCGUUAGCAGCAGAUUUAAACAGGUUCUCUUUCUCGGAUGUUGCAUUACUUUUGGACGGUAUCUCCCUUUAGUAUUAUAGAGGAACCCGAUGUUGUUUUGGGAAACCCGGUUCUAUUUUUUAAACUCUUUCUCUGCCCACUACGCCACAAAAUCGUACGUUGUAUUGGCUGCUGCUGCUAUCACCACUGGUGUGUUUGUGUAGAGAAGAGCAAACUUCCACUGUGUCAGUGACAGAGGGAGACUCGGGGCCUGCUUUUUACCUGAUCAAUAUCAAUGCAUUCUUCUUCUGAGGUUUUGACAUGGUGCACUGUGUUGCUGCCUCUUGAGACCUUUACGUGACAGUAAAAAAGAAAAAAAAUUAAAAAAAGAAAAAGAAAUAAAACCAAUUAAAAAAAGAACACUUUCCAUUUUUUAACUUUGCUAUAAUGAAGUGCCAGACCCCUCCGUGAAGUCAGUGUUGGCACUGAGUCGCAGGUUGCGGAUGAAGCGACAAACUGAGCAUGGGGGUAAACUGUGGUGCUAUAAUCUGUCCCUGGCUGGGUGCUACAGUAACAUGGCUGUGUUGAAAUUUAGCCAUAUUAUUCCUUCUGUUGAUAACUCUGGUCAGUCUGGUGUUUCUGACUGCUGUACGCUGACAUAGCGAGGUGUAACUCCUCCGCUGCUGCUUUGCUGAUGAAUGUAGACUCGUCUUCCUCAGCAGGAUCACACAGACAGAUGAAAGAGUGUCUGGAGAUUUUAUUUCCUUCUUGUUCGUAUUUGUUUGGAAGCUCAAAGGGAGACUCUGGUCAUUAAGAUAGAGAAAGAUCUCGAAUGUUAUAUUUUUAUGUGGCUACUCUUGCUCAUAUGUUUAAACCUUUCUAUCGUUAAUAUUAUAGUUUGAUAUUUAUGCUAACUCUGUCAAAUGUUUAUAUUGUUUUAAAUUAUAUUUUAUAUUUUCCCCUACUCCCAGUGUUUAUAAUAUGUGAUAUUUAUUUGUGAAGGCCUGUACUUUAAAAUGCAAUGAGACAAAUAUGAUUAAAUUGAGAUUUUAAAGUAUUUCCACUGAGGAUAGAAAGUCAGACACAUAUCUUGAGAUUCACAGGUGCAAAUCACAAUGAAACCACAAUGACUUCUCAAACUUAAUCUCCCAUUUCUGGGAGAUUAGUGGCAAAAAGUCAAUAAAUCAGCAAUCAAUUAGGCAUUUUUCAGUCUACACCAAUUCUUUUUUUUUUUUUUUCUAUUUUGAUAACCUCUGCUAUAACACAGAGCAUAUUUUCUGAUAAGGAUAAUCACAUUUAUGCUUUAGACUAUAUUUUUAUGUUUUUAUACCAAACUCUUCCAAAAGUGCAUCUGUGGUUGAUGUGUGUUUUAGACCAAAAUCUGCUGCAUUCGGCUUUUUAAUGCUUUAAUGAAUAGAAAAUAUCUAAAGAUUCAGAAGUUGACCUGCCAAUCAGCUACGAAGCUUCAGAUAUAAAUAACAAAUUAGGAUUUGUUAUUUAAUGACCUGUUCUUAUUUCACAAAGCUGAAAAAUUACCAUUCCUAAAAAUUAAAUUCAACAAAUGCACAAUGUAAAAUGCAAAAAUGUGUAAAAAAAAUGAAAAGAAAACGACUUUCAGAAAAUAAUAUUCAACUAACAGUGGGUUUUGAUUAUUUUUAUGAUUAUUUAUCUCUGCUAUUCACAUUUUAACUACUGAGGUAAAUUGAGAUGCUUUAGUUAAGUCCAUGACGACAAAAUAGUUUUUCAUGUACAAAUUGUGUAAGGGACAAAUUGCAAACAGCCUAAACAAACAAGUAAAUCUUUAACCUUGAAUAACUCAUUUGUAAUCUCUUUUACCGAUCAAAGUGAAAAUAUGCAAACAACAAUCAAUUUGAUUGAUGCUUAUUAUUAAGACUCAUAUUGAGAUCCCAACCACCAUUUUGUAAUCAGAGUAUUAAAUUCCUCAAACAAGAUUUCCUUGCAAACUACCGUUGUGAGGAUAUUUUUUUAUUUCUUUGCACUUUCAAAGGACUUGAAUGACUGAAAUAAAUAAAUUCAAGUUAAAGAGUUAAAUAGCUUUAAUAUACAAAGAAGCACCUUUUGACCCUCGGCUUAAACUUAAUGUACUUUAUUUACAAAUAAUAUACAAUAAUAUUUCAUUGAAUGGUGAGAAAUUUCUGCCUGUGAAACUCAUGAAUUGUUGUUAAAGGUUCAAUGUGAUCGCAUCAAGCUAAACCAACUUUUAGCACUCACCUUAGAAUGUGGCUCAUUUGCCGUUAAAAGAACUUCAGUGGAAAUGUUGAGAUUUUUACCACGUUCCCUGUUGUUUUUUGUUUUGUUUAAAUUGUUUCUUAAGCUCUAUUUACUUUCUUUUUAAGAAGGGCUUGGUUUGCAGUGUCUUGUCUUGUAGCCCCAGAGAUUAGGAAGGGGUCACUGAAGGCUGGUGGGCAGAGACCCUUCUCCUUCCCCUGUGGUGAAUAAAUACGGGAGGGGUUCAUCUCCGCUUUUGCAGACUGAUUUACCUAAAGCAAAAAACUACCCGUCUUUGACAAUAAAAGCAAAACUAUAUACUUUUACACUCGUCAAUCUUACAAACCAACUCUGCAGUGAUUUACAUCUCCUUCCAGACUUGCCAAAACACACGAGAGACGUUCAACAAAAAGAAAAAUGCUUCUCUUAAAGUAAAGCAUCUGUUCUGUUUAUUUUCUUCCGUUUCUAAGAAUAAGAGCAGACAGUACGUCAAUUUUUAGUAGGAAAUCCAUACAAGCCCAAACAUUUGGAGAGGAUGUGGAAGGUAUCGGCCAUCCUGAGCUCCACAUGCCAUUGUUAUGAUGCUUCUGGUCUUGUAUGGUAACUUAUUCUACUACAUCAACAGCAUGGGAUCUUUCUGUAGUUAGUCCUGUGUGUGUUCCUCUUCCCAGUUUCAGUAGGAAGGCUGUACUUCAUUGCUAAGUGCUCUGUAAUAGAUCUCUUGGUGAUUCUAAUUUGGUAAAGAAGCAAAACCUGCAGAACGUGUAUCCUGCUGAAACUAACUUGAUCCUCUCUUUAGCAAUGACGUCUAUAUUUGUAGUUCACAUAUAUGCCUGUUUAAAUACAAUAUCUUGACAUGUGUUAUAUUUAUGUUAUAUAAUAAAUGUUGUGCUGGGUUUAUACUUUGGUUUAACUUUUUUCUUUUACAUUAUAUUUUUUUGGAGGCACAGUUGGUGGCUUUAUGCACAGGCAUGGAAAUGUAAGACUUUUUUUUUUCUCGGUUUGUACUGUAAUGGCCCAUUCUGUUUCAGUUUUCGACAGUUUUUGUCGGACACCUGCCCUGAAUCUCUGUUGUGUUCUUGUGCCUCUCUAUUUUUUUCUAUCUUUGUGUUAAAUCAUUCUUUCUUUUCUGUCAUGUAUCAGCCGGGUGUUGGUACUGCAGCUCUGCUUGUAACCAUGUUAGUCUGAUUAUGUUUAUUGAUUUUAAUAUCAAAACAAUAAAAACCAUUAGCACCCCA